AUGACGAAUGGUGCAAAAAAGGCGGCGGCAACGCCAGCGGAAAGGAGAGCGUCGAGACAGGAAGACGGCAAAGAAAUGAAAGAGAUUAAAGACUAUAACAGCUUGAUGGCUGAAAUAAGAAAAGAAUUUAAAAACAAUGAACAGUAUAUAGAGAGGAAAUUACUUGAAGUACAAGAGAAUUUGGAUAAGAGGCUGGAGGGGGUGGUUGGGGAAUUGACGGGAAAGGUUAAAGAGCUAUCGGUAAGAACUAAGGCUCUGGAGGAUUCGGUGAAGAGGGUGCAAAAAGAUACAAAAAACAGUAAGAAGGAGGUGGAUAAGAUAAGAAUAGAUGUUAAAGAGAUAGAAAAGGUGCAGGAUGAGUUGUUGGACAAUAUGGCUAUGACCCAGAUGAGGCAAAAUCAAACUAAUUUGAAACUGAGAGGUAUACCAGAGAUCCCAAACGAGGAUAUUAGAUCUAAAGUGACAAAAGAGCUAGCAAGUUGGCUAGAUAAAAAAGAAGACGAAAUAAACUCGUAUUUGGUAAAUAUUUUUCGAAUAAGGUCAAGAGUGGAUAAAGUUAAAAAGAAAAAACUGCCAGGAGAUGUAAUUGUUAUGUUCAACACGAUGGAAAUAAGAAAUGAAAUUUUGAAACAAAACCACAUCAAAAGGUUAUACAUUGGAGGAAACCCAAUUAUUAUCUUUAAAGAAAUUCCUUCGAGAUUUCUUCGGAGAAGAGAUCCAUACAAAAAGCUAACAAUUCAAUUGAAAAAAAUUGGGAUCUUGUAUAGAUGGGAGUUUCCGGAGGGCAUUUCAUUUUAUUUCAAAGAAAAAAGGUUUAAGUUAAGCACCAGUUUAGAGCUUCAGAAAUUUACGAGGAGAUAUGAGAAGAAACUGGGAAAGAUAGACGUAGAGGAGGAAAGGGAAGAUUAUCAGAGAGACGAGGAAGGUGAAGAGAGUGAGGAAGAAGAUAGAGAAGAGAGUACAACAGGAGAAAGGGAAGAAGAAGAGAAGGAGGACGAGGAACAGUAG